AUUUUUUUCUGGCUUGUGGGCUGGGAUUCCUUGCACAGGGCUCUGCUCGUCAGUCGGGGCUCUGAAUGCGGAGCGGACAGGAUGGGUGCCCGGGACCGGCCGCUCACCACUUGCAUCCUGCUGCUCUCGCUGCUCCGGACUGCGGCUGGGGAUGUCUCGGAGCACCCGGUUGACCAUAAGAACCCCCCGGCGCCCGGCGCCGACCACGGUCCCCUGGCCCGGCACUUUGGCAAGGCACGGCUGCUGGUCAUCUCCGCUCCCGGUCCCGGGGACACGUCCUACCGGCUGAUGGAGAGGCAGGUGGAUCUCCACAACAGGGCACUGAGGUGCGAGUUGGCGCUGAGGGACCUCCUGGUGCUGGUGGUGUUCCAGGGCACCCGGCCGGCCCAGGGCAAGUUGCUGAGGGUGUCCCCGGAAGGGAAGGUCCAGGAGGAGAGGCUGAGGCCGGAGGCGGUGAAGCAGGUCACCCAGCGCCUGUCCCUGGAACCUUCUCACUUCGGGAUGGUGCUCCUCAGGAAGUCGCUGCAGGUCUACGAGAGGUUCCCCUACGCGGUGAGGAUGGAGGCGGUGUUGGAGACGGUGGACCAGAUGCCCCUCAGGAAGGUGGAGAGCUUGACCAGGAGGGCGCAGAAGCAGAAAUGCAAGGGAUCCCAGGCCGGGAGAGCCUCAGGACAGGUCCACGCCAGCAGGAACUUGGCCAACAGGACAAUGUCCAUUAGGACCAUGCCCAACAGAUCAAUGAUCAACAGGACCAUGUCCAUUGGGACCAUGCCCAACAGGUCUCUGGUCAACAGGACCAGGUCCAUUGGGACCAUGCCCAACAGGUCUCUGGUCAACAGGACCAGGUCCAUUGGGACCAUGCCCAACAGGUCUCUGGUCAACAGGACCACUUCCAUUGGGACCGUGCCCAACAGGACUGUGCCCAGAGGUUCUUCGUCCAACACCCGGUUGAGACCAGGUUUUCCCAAUUCUCGGAAGCCCUUCAGAUCAAGCGGGAGAUACCCGAUGAGGCCUGGAGUGCUGUCCCCAGGUGGGAGGACGCGGGGUAAGCAGAAAGCUCUGAGCUGGGCCCAGGGCUCAGCUGGGGAGAGGAAGGCCAAGUUGCCCAGGAGCCCAGCAAACUCCAGAGUGUCUGCCACCAGCCCGGUGCAGGAGACUGUGGAGCACCUGAUGGGACAGAUCAAGCAGAAGGUGCAGCAGAUGAUGGCAGCUAAUCCCAGGCACCCCCUCCAGCGCAAGCACAAUGGCAGCCAAGUCUCCCGGGCAGGACUCCCCACUGACCACUCCUCUGGAACCCCAACUGUGGCUCCCACUCCUGACUUUGGACUGGGCUCCCAACUCCCCGAUGCUGUAGCUCCAUCCUCUGUGGCCCAGCAACUGAACGAGGGGAGCCCCGAGAGGUCCACAGCCCUCGGCUCCAACCCAAGCACAGCACGAUCCCAAGACGAUCAACAAGCGACAGACUUUGGUCCCCGUGGCUCCCACCCACCGGCCUUCCCAGUCACCCACGUCACGGACCACCCUCCCCAAACAGUCCGAGGCCCCAUUCCCCAAUCCUGGUGGGAGGCCUUCAAGCCCACCGGAGGAAUCGCUGAGAUCAGCUUUCCAGUCCUGAGCGAACCCACAGGCGAGGAGGGAGCAGACCAGCCCUUCCAACCCUCCGUCCCACAGCCACCGGAGAUAGGGCAUCGAGGCAGAGAGGCGGGGAUCCGCCCUCCAUCGACAGACCUGAGCCAGACUAGCCCACCGUCUGCUCGAGCCAAGGCCAAGAAGGUGAAGAGCGAAGGCAGGGAGAACUCGGGCAAAGGAGGCAGGGGCAAAGGCCGAAAGAACAGGAGGAACCGGAAGAACAAGAAGCAAGGAUCCGGUGGCACAAAGCAGGCCGGCAGCCAGCAGUUCCUGGAGCACUUCCUCAACAAGAGGAGGCUGUUGGUGAUUACUGCGCCCAGCAAGGACAGCAAGCUCUACAUCCAGCAGAGGGAUGAGUAUCUGGAGCACGUGUGUCAGCUGGCUCUCCGGCGGAUCAGUGUGGUCAUCAUCCUGGGCUCACCAUCCAACAGCACCCUGACGGUGGAACACUACCAGACCCAGACUGAACAAGCCCUGGAUAAUCCCGUGACUGAACCUGUCAGUGGUGAUCUGAUCACACAGCUGAGGAAAGAUUUUGGCAUGACUUUCGAUGAAUUCUUCAUGGUGUUGGUUGACUAUGAUAUGAAAGUUAAGCAAUACUUUGAUGUCCCCAUCCCCAUCAAAGUUCUGGUGGAUUACAUGGACACAUUUCCCUCCAGACUGCCAGAGAUUCAGCAGGAGAAGAAAAGUGGUGUCACCUGCCUCAAACGCGAAGGUCGGGUUAAUAUCAACAAAUUCCUUUCCAGGUUACAGUGGAAGCGACGGUUGUUGAUAAUUUCGACUCCCAAUGAGGAAGAGUGGAUGUUCCAACAGCAGAUGUCAGCUGUCACCGGCCAGGAAUGUGACUUGGGGAUUCGCCAUUUUGCCCUGUUGAAGAUGAUGGGAUCAGGGGAAGAUGCCUCAGGAUUGUUGGAGCUGUUUCCUGCGAAUGGGAGGUCCCAGGUAGAGAGGGAGAAACUUUCCUCGUUGGUAGUGAACGGCCUGCGUGAACAUUUCCAGGUCAGCGAUGAGCACUUUAUGAUGCUGCUGGUUGGUAAAGAUGGCACCAUCAUCUCCUGGUACCUGUCUCCCAUGUGGUCGCUGGCGACUAUUUAUGAACAGGUGGACUCUAUGCAGCUCAGACAGGAGGAGAUGAGACUUCAGGAGUCGCUGGGCAUCCAUUGUCAGGGGCAUGAAGACUCCCCCCACUACUGAAGCCAUCCUCAGCAUCCACACCAACCGAGAAUAUUGGAUGAGAUUCUGAUCACGUUUUUGAAGCGGCCAUGUUAUCAGUUUUGUCCGUUUACUUCCAUCAGUAAAUGUGCAUUGGACACUUUACAAUACCAGUGUUAGUGCUGCACUUUGUACUUGUUAGGACAGUGCCUGUGUUGUAGUAACCAAUAUAAUGAGCUAAAUUGCCUUCCUAAAUGUUAAGCAGCUUUCCACCUUCUGAACAUUUAAAGAUACAAGCCGUGAAACCCACUGCCAUGUUUGGGAGGGUCUUGCAUCUCUCACUGGACCAGACAUGGGCCAAAGCUGGAGAUGUCAGAGGCAAUCCCUUCUGGCCUCUCCUGCCUACAACCUUCUUAGACCAUGAGACAUAGGAGCAGAAUUAGACCAUUCGGCCCAUCGAGUCUGCUCCUCCAUUCGAUCAUGGCUGAUUUAUUUUUCCCUCUCAACCCCAUUCUGCUGCCUUCUCCCAAUAACCUUUGACACCCUUACGAAUCAAGAACCUAUCAACCUCCGCUUUAAACAUACCCAAUGACUUGGCCUCCACACCCCUCUUGUGGCAAUGAAUUCCACAGAUUCACCACUUUCUGGCUAAAGAAAUUCCUCCUCAUCUCUGUUCUCAAGGGACAUCCUUCUAUUCUGAGGCAGUGCCCUCUGGUCCUAGACUCUCCCACAACUGGAAAAGAAUUUCACUGAUGCUAGCGAUGAUUACAUCUUUCCCAAACCUACCUCAAUUCCAGAUAUCCUGCCCCUUUUCCCCUUCUCCCUCUGUUAAAAGUGAGAUUCAUUGGAAUUUUUCCCCAGGUCUGCAGCCUUGGAUCAGGAUUAUACCAUUCAGCCAGUCGAGUGGUCUGCCACACCGUUGGAUGUCAGCUACAUUUAUUUAUUUUUGUUCUGUAUCUCUUGACAACAUCACCCAACAAAAACCUAUUUUCAGAAUCCAAAAAUUUUCAAUCAUACUUCGAAUUCUUUUGGGAACCAAAUUAGAGAUUUCCAGUGCCCCUUGUUUCCUGGUUUUAUUUAAGAAGUAAUCUUGGAUUUUAAGGCAGUGAUCCAUUAUUCAAGAUUCCUGAGAGGAAGUUUAUUGGUAACAAUGCUGUUGAAUUGCUACUGUUUUAGUGUCUUGUCUUAAAACCCUCAACAGCUAAAAGGUUAUGCAAAUCAGACUCGAGAUUUAAUCUUUUAAAACCAUGAUUGAUUCUGGAAAAUUUGCAUUGUACCUUCUCCAAAUCCAGUGGAAUUUUCCUUAAAUUCCAUCGUCCGGAGCUGACCUCACCUUCUGAGGUUUUCCUCUCCCACACCUGUUAAACCUUACUUUCCCGUCAGAAUCUUUAAACGCUGUGAUAGAUUAUUGCAUGGUGGCCCCUGGCUGAUCAUGUGAGUUCCUCAUCUUGUUCGAGUAAUUGAAGAGAUUGUUUAAGGAAUUAGUGAAAGAAUAUUAAUUAACACAAGGAAAAAGACGGCUGCACAGCAGGUUGUGUUGAUUUGGAGUGCAAUAAUAUUAGCCUUCAUAAAAGAAUUGGACUAAUAUCCACAAGGGAAUCUUUCUUUGUAAGACAUUGGGAAAAGACACUUAUUGGAUAGCUCUUUCAAAGAGCCAGUACAGAGAUUGGGCUGAAUGGCCUCCUCUUGAGAUCCUAUAAUCGAUAUCUGACAAAUAUCAGACAUGGAAGUUUUUUGGCCGUAAUUUGGUUCAAUUCAUAUGCACGUCAUCUUCUUGGGCAGUUCUACAUGUAUUGAGCUGAAGAUAACUUGAGUGCCAGUUAACCAGAGAAGUAGUUAAGAUUCACUGGCUGUAUGCUAAAGGUGCAGGUUUAGACAUUUGUGCAGGGCCAUGAGUUGUCUUACAAUAUCGAACAUAUGUUAUUUAUACUGUAUUUUGUCACAGAUUUGACAAGAGUAUGAAAAAAAUCUAGUUAUGAUUUAUUCUGCAUUGUAAUAUACACCAACGUACUAUAGAA